CAGAAACGACGUUCUUCUGACUUCUGUUCAACUGUUCGACAACACGUGAACACGUGGACUGGCAUGGAAUGACUUCGGUCUGAGUCCUUCUUCUAGCAUCUUCUCCACACAGAGCGGCAGGAUACAGCGGUAUAGCACCAAAUAACUUAUAUUUUUGCCCGCUGACAAUGGUGAAAACGACGUCAGACUCGGAGUGUGAUCAGCAUUACUGCCCCAGCGUACGACUCUGCGAAGUUGCGAGGCCCGCAACGGGUUCCUGCGGCUUCCACCUCACCCGGAGCAAGUGGGACCCGUACCCUUGGGUUAGUGGAGUGGAAUUAGGAUCAGCUGCUGAGGCUGCAGGACUCCAGGCUGGAGACUGCGUGCUGGAGGUGAACGGCGAAGAUGUACUGGGUCAAAGGAUCGGUGAGGUCGCCUCCAGGGUGCGGGCGAGGGCUGACCGGGUGACGCUACUGCUCUGGAACGCUGGGUCGGACCCUCACUGCAGUCCCGAAUCACUUUGCUGCGGGCCCAUGCCGUCCAACCUGCAGCGCCUGUCUGCUUGUAUGAGCUCCAUUCUGGCCGUCCUCGAGUGCCCCAUUUGUCUGGACACGAUCCCACCCCCAGCGCACCAAUGCGGCAACGGACACCUGAUCUGCGUGAAGUGUCGGGUCAAGACAGAACGUUGUCCGAUCUGCCGUGUACGCUUCUGCCGAGCCCGCAGUCUACUCGCCGAUCAAGUCUUCAACUCUCUCACAGAAGCCUUCGAGCUCAAGGACGAGGCUGAAGAAGAGCGACCUGCGAAGCUGCGGGAACGUCUUUUUGGAUCCAAGAGGAACAAGCCCUUUCAACCAUCGAAACUAAUGCCGGAACUGAAGAUAAGCCUGGUGACCACUCCUACUAACAAGUUCCUGACAAGGGUCCUGGGAAAGUCUUCUUCAGUAGAGAAUCUUUCUUCCAACCCCGUGAAUCUUUCGGCAGUGCCACGGAACUUAUCUGAAUUCUCGUCCAAUCUCAGAAGCAAGUCUCUUUCAACUAGUGAGAUAUGCCAGUCUAUGGGAUCCUGUCCGGUGUCUCGAUCGCCGUCUGUCAACUCUACCCACCGUGUCGAUGUGCCUCAGUAUCUGCGCUCCAAACGCCCCGCCUCUUACCACGGCUCCUGCGAAUCUCUUGAUGCUGACUUCACCGACAACGAGCAGCUGUACUGUUGUCCCUGCGAGGAAGACUGUCCCGCCCUCAUUAAGGGUCUAGAGAUGCUGCAGCACAUCCAAGAGUCUCACGAAGGCCCACUGGUGCAUUAUUUUAAAACUCGACUGACUCUCAGCCUCCCUCUAGCGUCUGAAGAAACGGCAGUGCUAGCUAUAACCAAUGACGGAAAUACGUUUUUCUUGAAAGUGGCCCAUCAGCCUUCGGCAAGUGACAAAUUUGGUCCAGGUGAUACACUAGUAUGGCUUUGGAUGCUUGGAUCCAAACAGCAAGCGGAUAGUUAUGAACUUAUCUUGAAUCUAAGCAGUCAUGGUGAUCAAGGGAAAUGUCUUAGCUUCCGGUCUAGGGCGUUAUCACUCGCUUCAACUUCUUGGACGCAGAUAUGCGAGACUAGAGCUGCUAUUGGUCUUACAGCGAACAUCCUCAGAAAAAAAUUUGCUACAGAACUAGAACUUGGCAUUCCGAUUAAAAUGGAGGCUGAGGUGAAGGACACGUCGGCCGAACACUGUCUGCCGUAAGGCGAGUGGGUUUCUAUCAAGUACGCUCUCCAAAUUACGGUACAAAGUGCGUGCUAGUAAUCUAGGCCAAUGUUAAACGAAGAAAGGAUCUCAAGGCACGUUCGCUAAUUGACAUUGUUGUUAAGCACAAAGUCUUAACAUCUGCAAUGUGAACAACUUUAUGUUAAUGUGUGUCAGUCGUCUGUAUCUAUUGCAAUUAAUGGCACACACUGCACAUUUUGUGACAGGAAUAGCGUUCAACUGAAUGGGGGGGGGGAGGGAUUGGUCGUCGCCACUUGGUUACAUUGGUCAAUUGAAAACAUUAUCAGAAAUUUCGUAACGAAAACAAAAUAUCCAUCUUCACAAUACAAUUCUCGCGCGCUCGCAACUGAAAGCUGCAACCAUUCACAUGCUAGCUUUGCCGCGCCUCUCGUGUCUGUCUGCUGUCAUAUAACAACUGGAGAAGCACUCAAUGACAUCUUUUCAUAUUGGAGCGUUUUACUACGAAGCGCCGACGCUUUUAAUUUUGGUUAAAGCCGGAGAGCAAUAACGGGCACUUUGCAUGAACAGAUACGUGCUAUUCUGCGCGCAUUUCAGUCAUUAAGUCGCUAAAUAUUUGUGAAGCGAAAAGUGUUGCGAACAAAAGUUGUACUAUAGAGAAAAAAUAAACUCACUUUUUAU